GCCGGAAGUUGCUGAGCGGAGAAGGAGGAGGAGGAGGGCGGAGAAGCGAUGGCGCUGGUGGAUGCCGGCAAGCUGAGCGCCCUGAGUGUGGCCCAGCUCCACCAGCUGCUGGCGGACGAGGAGCAGCUCAAGAAGAUGGCGGAGGAGAUUAUGGUGGAGGCACCGGAUGUCCAGUCGACCAAAGACAUGAGUCUUGCUAGCAAUCGCAGUCUAGCAGAGCAGAACCUGCAGUAUGACCCAAAGCUGAACCAAUUGAAACUCCAGCUGAUCAGCAAAUAUCAAGAGCUACAGACGGUGUUCGAAGCAUAUCAGAUGCGCAAAUCCAAAUUAGACAGCAAGUCCAGCUGUUCUUCCAUCGACACACUGCUCGCCCUCCUGCAAACAGAAGGUGCAAAAAUCGAAGAGGAAACUGAGAACAUGGCCAAGACCUUCCUGGACGGAGAAAUACCGCUGGACACCUUCAUUGACGAGUACCAGAGCAAGCGCAAGCUGGCACACCAGCGCCGGGUCAAGAUCGAGAAGCUGCAGGAGAUGGUCUUAAAGGGGCAGAGGCCCGCUCAACCCCACGUGGCUCAGCUCCACUGGCAGCCUGACCCAGCCCCAGCCAGCCAGACCCCCAACCCCACCACCGACCCCACCUUUCCCAUCCCAGCCCCCCGCAGGGUUCUGCCACCGCCUUCUCUCUCGCAAGGAUUCGCCUACCCCAAUCCCUUCAUGGGCCUGCCUCCGGGGCCCAGCCACGCGACCCCCUACCCGGCCUCUCCCUUCCCUCCUAUCCCACCCCGCUCAGGCACGGCCGCCCCCACUCCCAUUCCUCAGCCGGGCUACCCCCAACAAUACAGGCUGCCUUAUGCACCCCCGCCCGUUCCCCAGAAAUCAGCACCUCAGGCUGGAUUCAUCCUGCAGUAACUUUGCUCAUCAAAUCAGACAGAUCAAGUGGAUUUCUUUCUAUGCAUUAGGUGCUUUCAAUUCUACUGUUCUACUGUUAUGUUAACAGUGAGUGUGUGUGUGUGAGUGAGUGGUUUGUAAAUUGCGUGGUGAGGGGUGGGGGAGAGGAGAGAGAGGAGGAACAUGUUCGCAUUUAGCACUAAGGCGACUGCUGCUGACUGCUUCCAUGUCUGCUCCAGAAAUUGUUUUAUUCGUGCACAGCUGAAAGGUAUCGUUUCUUGUGCAAACACUAUUUUUUGGGAAUGUUCUCAGAUGUCCCGGGGGGUGGCGGGGGCAUCUUUUGUGGUAGCUUUAGAUUUCUACAAUUUUUCAAGUCGUUUUUAAAUCUGUGGCUGCUCUUUUCUCGCGUGUACUAUUUUAGCAGCUUGUCUCGGAAAUUUAACCGAUGCAAAAACUAUUAAUGCGUGCAAACAACUUAUAAUUGAAUGAUAUGGGGGUUUGGGUGGGGUUUUGGAGGCUUCAUUGCAUUUCUUUUUCUAUUGAAACAAAAAUCCAACAUUAGCACAUAAGUUAUUUGCGGCUUCAACUCAAGUCCACCAUUCCAGUUUGAGCUACCUGAGAGAGUGCAAGGUUGUACUAUGAGCCAUAGGAUGCGUGUGUGUUGUGGGGUGGGGGGGGUGCGUGUUUGGCUUAAUCUUGGGGAGCAUAAUUUUGAUUUAUCAUUCUCUGUCGGGCCAGGGGCAAACUUUACUGUUUCAAGCACAGUUUUUGGUUGUGUAUAUAUAUGCGUGUGUGUGUGUGUGUGUGUGUGUGUGUGUGUAUACGCGUGAGUAUGCGUGUACGCACCUCUUCUCCGUCCUUCCCCCACACCCCCGUCAGGUUCACAACCACGUUGUGUAACCGAGUGAACGUGUUUCUUGAUCUUUUUACUGAUUUCUAUUUAUUGUACUUCGGAAAACUUAUUAAGGGGGAAAAAAGUAAUAAUUCUGCCUGAAGUUAAUUCAGCAUCAAACUCCUGCGACAUUGUUGGUCCGUAAAGUCGUGGAGAUUUACCAAUCACCUCAGUGUUCUUGCGCUUUCUUGCUCUGAUCAGGGUCUGGUGGAAACGUCUGAUUAAAUCAGAUUGAUUGCCUUUGUUAAUUCAGUCGCUGAUCACUCUGUGCUCCACAGAUUGUUAAGAUACAUGGUUUGUUUAUUCUAUGAUUAACUGAGUGUUGUAGCUUUUUAAGACUUUUUGUAAAAGGGGAUCCCUGUCAUAUUCCACAACUAACUGAACUUACUCUUGGUAUUCGAUCGCUUGUGAAACUGAGAAAACUGGAUGUUCUUUACUGUGAUGUUUAACAUGGGCGAGGGGGGAUAAUAUAGGUGUAACAUGUGGCAAUGCUAAUGGUGUUCCUUAAUUCAGGAAUUACUGGAGCCUCCUCUCAGUAACCGAACGCCAGUCAUUCCGAUCCUAAGGAUCUCGGCAAAUAUAUAGCAUUAAAGUAAAAUUCUGGCCGAUUUCCUUAAAGAAUUCCAAUCCUGAUUGCCACAUGUUACUCUCCCCCCUCCCCCCCCCAUCCCACUCACCUCAACCCCUUCCCUCUUGUUUUAAAAUCCCCAAAGAUGUUGGGUGGGGGGGUGAGAGGUGGGGGGACACCACCACCAGAAAAGGGUGCCAGGACACCAAACUCUGCCGAUGUCUACCCGUUAAACGUGCUCGGGGUUUCAGGUGUCACCCGCGGUGUGUGUUCAGUGAGGCAGGUUGAAGCCGUCUCAUUCAGGGACACUCGGAAGCGGCCGAGGGGGAGAUCUGUGAUGUGUGGGAGCACGGCCGGGAGGGGUACAAUCCAGGAAGUAUGCAUGUUUAUGUGCCUUAGUUCUCUCUCACAGGCAGUUGGCGGUGGUGGUGAAGGCAAUGCCUUGUGUACUGAUGAAUGCUAACUCUGGCCGGGUGGGGGCGGGUUUCACAUGUCGUUACGAGCAGUGAGUGCAUUUGACUCGAAUGUUAUUUUUCUUGUGGGGGGAGGGGGGCGGCGGGGCGGGGGGGGGUGGGGGAAGAAGAGGAAUUAAAACAGAAUGUUUUGUAAAAUGUAAUAGUGAGCAGCAGCAUGCAGUACAUCGGAGGGAAUGUGACAUCGAAAUCGUGCACAAGCUCGCGUUUGAAGUGUAAAGCGCGUGUACAGAGCGGGGAUUACAGCGGUUGCCCGGGCACUCACGAGCAGCAUUUGCGCGAGCGGAGGUUUAUUAUUCACAGCCGAGUCGGUGGGUCACGGUGGGCAUUAAAUCCGAACAGUGAAAGCUUGCUUGCGGAGCGCUGUUUCGUCAGCUCUCUAUUCCCCGGCCUGGUCGCCCCUGGGCAAGGACGAUAACUUGGGUUUCGAGUUACAGAACACCAGGCGUUUGCUACACUACUUGUUAUUUUCCUAUUGAUUGGUAACUGAAAGCACCUUCAGCUGCUAACGACGUGCCUACCACAGGAGAUCGAACCAGCCACGCUGCGGACUCCAGCAUUGUCCACGGGCUGUUCACUCAGUCACGGGACGCCACUCAUUCGCUCGCGCGCGGAUUGAAUUGUAAAAGUCUGCGGUUCCUACCUUCUGUUAUUAAUGAAGAUUGUUGUAGUGGCGAAACUACAGGACGUUACCUCAAUAUUUUAAUCAUGUUCAACUAAUAAAAUUCAAUGAGUUGCA